UUUUUUGGGGGAUUGAAAAGAGAAAACAUGACCAAAAAACAUGUUAUGGAAAUCCGGGUAAAAGGAAACGAGAAGCGAUUCAAAUUACUGGGGGUAACAGAUCGGGAAAAGACAGCAGAAAAAGAGAGAGCGCAAUGGCGAAAAACAACGAGUCGGGGACGAUUGAGAUAUCGAGGUCGUCGUCGACCGAGAAGGAGAGAAGUGUGAUUAGGAAAAGUUGUUCGUCGGAGGAAGAAGAAGAAGAAGGGAGUCCGAUCAGACACAUACUCUGUCUCAAGAGAAACGACGAUUUGAAACGUUUCGAGGAAACCGAGGAUUGUUUCAUCUUAGAUUUCGAUCCCUUCGAGCCGCCUGAUAUUUCCAAGGUCUCUGUCUCAAGCCCCACUCACGAUGGUGUUGAUGUUGAUGCUGACCUCGCCAUUGUUGCUGUAAAAGGACAGGUGGUGGUGGCUUGUAGAGAUUACCCACAUCCAAGGCAUCUUUGUCAGAAAUUUCCCUUUGAAACAACACCCCAUGAAAGCUGCUGUGAGCUGUGCUACUGCUAUGUCUGCGAUUCAGCUGCUCCAUGCCAGUAUUGGAAAGAGCAAUCACAUUGUCAUGCUUUGAAAAACAAUGGCUACUGGGACAACCAAAGGGUUUUGAAGAAACAGCAAGCGGUGGCUCGAUGAUGAAGAUUGCUGCAGCAACUAUAAUGGUAGUCUUUCAUAGUGUGAUGCAGAGGAAUCGGGUGCUGAAAGUGAAGUCUGAAGGGAUUCUUCUUAUCAGAUGAAUAUAUAUAUAUAUAUAUAUAUAUUAAUUUUUUUUGGAGGGAAUUAUUUUGGAAGACUGACUUUAAGCCACUAGGCUGACCUGGCGUAAUACCAUUUUUGUGGUCACUUUUUGAUAGCAGAGCCACAAUUAGUUUCAAAUUGAUCGCUCUGUUUCAAUUCAAUUUGAAGUAUGUUUUGUAUUAAAAAAAUAAAUGCAGUUUUUGUUUUUGUGGUUUUAUUUAUU